AAGCGUGCAUGGCAGCACAGGAUGAGGGAGAGCUUUUUCCCACUGCGAGAUCGUAAUCAUCCUGAUUUACAGUACACAUGCGGGCGUACCAUGCACGACCCUUUGGACACGUGUCGCUUACCGGGCAAAAUAGUAUAUUUAAGGGACGACGAGUGUGGUUUCGACAGUAAACGUCGUUCUACAUUUGAGACGCACACUUGCGUUCACUGCUACAGCCAUGCGUACCCUGGUCGCUCUCGUAAUCCUGGCUGCUUUUCUGGCAGUUGCGUUAUCUUCGUCGGCCUCAGACUCAUCUGCUGUCGACACCGAUGAAUGCUGCCAGCAGGAGGUUAAAGUAGGCAAAUGCAAAGCAAGCUUCCCGAGGUGGGCCUUCAAAACCCAAACAGGAAAGUGUGAAGAGUUUAUCUGGGGUGGCUGUGAUGAAAACUGCAACAACUUCGAAACGAAGGAGGCUUGCGAACAGCGAUGCCACCCAUCUCACUAGUCUGAAGUGCAAUCAGGACGCUCGGCAUUCGUUGGACUUCAAGGUGAAUCGACCAAUAAAAUGGUGCUGGUCUGCAGAAAUGUAUCGUG